AAAAGAUUAUUCCUUUCUUCCCUCCGUCCGAAUCACUCAGCCGCUGCGCCGGGAAGGUCCAUGGCGGCGGCCCUCCGCCGUCGUGAGCUCCUCCUGUCGGAGGUCGCCGCCCUGCUGCUUCUGCUCCUCGCCGGACGCGCGGCGGCCGACGGCGCCGCCUCCCCCGGCUGCUCCAACAAGCUCCAGCCGGUUAAGGUGAAGAAGAACUGGGUGAGUGGAACCCAGGGCACGGCCGUUGCUGGAAUGAGCACGACAUUCGGACCCACCUUGCCUACAACUGUCAACGAGGCUCAGAGAACAUGCGCUGCCCUCACCGACCCUCCUGACUGCUGCUCCAAUACAGCCUCAAAGUUAACGCUUUCUGUUGCCUUACCGACACGUGGACAGUGUGCUCUCACCGCUGAAGCAGAAACUGCACAGCCUGCUGAUGCUGCAGGAAUCCGUUUGGUUAACUUUGUGCUUGCAGAAGUUUAUGAGAUGGUUUGCAGUGUCAGUGAUCCUUCAAUUAAUGAGCCAAGUCGUCCGGUUGUGGACCCUUCACUAUGCUUCUUGUUCAUAAUGGCCGUAGGAACUAUAGUCUGCUCCUCACUCUGGGGUGAAUUCGUUGCAUGCCAACAGAUUGAUGGGCGUUAUAAUCAGCUGGCAUGGCAGCAGGGACCGAAUUCUGGAACAAACAACAGACAAGAUAAACAAGUCAUUGAAAUCACCGCAAAGAGAGCUGUUUUUCAAAUUGUGGGAUGUUCAGUUCUCCUUCUCCUGUUCUACUUCAUGUCGUCUUGGGUCGCCUGGCUACUCAUUGUAUUGUUCUGCAUUGGUGGUAUUGAGAGUAUGCAUGUUUGCUUGGUGACAAUUAUCUCUAGGAUUUAUAAGGAUUGGAGAAAUAAUACUGUACAAUUGCCGUUGUACGGGGAGGUCUUAACCUUGUCUCUUGGAGUGGCACCAUUCUGUACGGUAUUUGUCAUUCUAUGGGCUGCUUAUCGGCAUUCUUCGUUUGCUUGGAUAGGUCAAGACAUCCUUGGUAUCUGCUGGAUGAUAAACAUAAUUCAGAAGGAGCAUUUACCUAAUAUCAGGGUUGCAUCGGUUCUUCUUGGUGGUGCAUUUGUGUAUGACAUCUUCUGGGUCUUCAUUUCACCUCUUAUAUUCCAUGAGAGUGUUAUGCUUGCAGUUGCAAGUGGUGGCAGCUCAGGGGAAGUGAUUCCGAUGCUCCUAAGAAUACCUCGUUUCUUUGAUCCAUUGGGUGGAUAUGCCAUGUUAGGCUUUGGUGAUAUUAUUUCCCCUGGACAUCUCAUCGCAUUCAGCUACAGAUUUGACAGGGCAGCCAAAAAAGGUAUCUUCAAUGGAUAUUUUCUAUGGCUGACCGUGGGAUAUGUUGUUGGCCUUUUCCUUGCCUGUCUUGGGUUCUUCCUAAUGGAUGGACAUGGUCAACCAGCGAUGAUGUACCUAGUACCAUGCACCCUAGGGCUUAUUGUUGUGCUUGGCUGGAUAAGAGGUGAACUGCCUCACUUGUGGAACUAUGGAAGAAGACAGGAAAAUUUAGUCGGUGAAGUUGAUAUGUGGUCAGACAGGGUUUAAACUCAAAAGCAGUCAUCCUUGGAUCUAAUUAAUCAGUGGAUCUGACAUGAUGCUCCUUUGUUGCGUGAACUGUGCGGCAUCGUGGAAAUGUUAAAUUAGCUGUAGCCAGAUUUGUGUUUGAUUUAGGUUGUCCUCAUUUAACUUGACAUAAAAAGAGCGAGUUGUGGAGAUCCAACAUAUCUCAUCCGUUCAACCGCUCUAUCCAAUGGUCUAUGUUGCCAUGGUGUUUAGCGCUAACCGUGUUUAGUACUAAACAAGAACUUUGUAAGGUGGUUUGCAGAACAUUAUAAGAUGGUCCGCAGUGACAGUGACACCUCAAUCCCGGCCAUAAUGAUGCCACAAUCAGAGGAGGGAAGAAUCUGACGGACUUGUUGGAACAUGGAGCAAGGGAUAAGUACAUACAGUGCGACGGCCUAUGGCCCAUCUCAAAUAAGGGCUCAUUACAUCUACAUGCAUGAAUACAUUACUUUUUUUUUUACAAAACACGUCAACACAAAGGAUAACUUUGCUCAUGGAUAUUUAACUCUAUCAACCAUGAAUGAAUAGUUAAGUUAGAAUUAUGUGGUUUGGCCUGCUGCUCAUUUAUAUAUAUUUUUUUGGGAGGGGAUGGGAGGGGGCUUACCCCCCCAUAUUUAGGGGGAUCCUUGCCCUCCUUCCCCGGCAUGACACCACAAUAUAUUUGUUCAAUGGUUGCUUAUGGUUGAGUAUAUGUAUGUUAUAAUCAUCAUCUGUAUCAUUUAAUCACAGUUACAUGGUAUAUUAAGACCUCAUUUCCUAAAUAAAAUUACUUUAUAUAUAUAAUUAUAACUUAAUAAUGAUUUUCAUGAUAUGCAAUAUAUACUGAUGAAAGUAUUACUUCUACUCUAUUAUACACUCCAUUGUAUAAAAUUCGCACUAGGGCCUCCAAAAUAUUAGGGCCGGCCCAGAUCUGCUAGAACAGUUUUUAUUCUCCUUCCUGUAUUUUAUAGUUCCUAUGAGUUGGCCCUUUUAAAAAUCUCUUAUCAUAGUUUUCAUGUGAAACUGAAUGCAGAGGCUGGUACUUCAGCAUAUCGUCCAAAGACCUUUAGAAGAAGAAGGCAAGAGUCAGUUGAGGAGGAAAGGGAUAAAGAGAAAAUGACCGAAGCUUCUUGAAAAAUGGUUCUUUGUGUUUCAUGGCUUAUUGCAACAUAUUCCCCAUAUGGGCCUUUUGGAGAGUGUCACAGAUCAGUACACUGCUCUGUCCAAAUUGGUACCUUGUGGUAUGAAGCGACUGAAUGUUGCUCCUCCUCUGCUGGCAAUGAUUCUAUACAUCUUGAAGAAAGAAAAACAGGGAAGCAAGAAGAUGACUGCAGGUGGCAUGCAUAUGCAUGUUAAGAUGGUGCAGAAUCUACCAGUUGUAACCGGUGAGCUUAGAGCCGCCGUCCGUGGGCCUUGAGUACUGCAACCAGCUGAAUUUACGACGAUGAUGAUGAUGGUUGUGGACCGAUGACGACAGGGACGGCGAGAAGUAGCUCUGUUUCCCCCCAGGCAGGUAGGAUAAGAAAGAAAAUUCAGAGGCCAUGUAUGAUGUAGUUGCUUUCAUGUGUGAUAACAGGGAAGAAAACAGGAGCAAUCAAUCCAGAAGGAAUAAGCAGAAUGUGCAGCCAGCAUGUACAGUAGACAGUAUAUGUUGCCAUCAUCGUGUCAUGUGUAUGCCACAGGCAAAAGGCAUGUCCUCAGCUAGUGUACACCAGAUCAGGCUUGUGUGGGGGUGUGUGACGCAAGUACACAAGCAAAGGAGCAGGUAGUGCUUGCCAGUGAAGGGAUAAAGAGCAUAUAUAGAUACUGGUGAUGCAGCAUCACCCAUAUUUAUUCAUGAUGUGGAUUGUGACACUGGGAGCUUUUCAAAGAAAAAGAAGGAGAAAAUGAUGGGAAGAGGUCAAGAGGAGUGGUGUGGACAUGCAACUAACUGCAUCAUGUAUCAGGCAGGACAGACAGCAGCAAAAGCAAGAAGCUGGAUGUGAAGAUUUUAGCAGCAGGUCAGGUAGAGGUAGGGACUGCUCACCAUAUAUACCACAGAGUUGUUACAGGUAGAUAAAUUCAGAGAGUCCUAAUUGUUACAGGCAUGAUUUAUUUUACUUUUUGUUGGACAAACAAGAUCAACAUUUUUUUAGGGAGGGGUGGGCCAUGCAUUGUGUUGGUUGUUGGGGAUGAUGUUACCCGAUUGCUGAUUGGAAACCGCUAUGCUAUAUGUAUGAUGAUGAUGAUAAUGAUUAGAUUACGAAUGGUUCUGGUCGCCAUUUGUCUCA